AUGCACGCGCGCUCGCCAGCAGCGGCACUUCUCCCUCCUCGCCUCGCCGUUCCUCCACAGGCGAGCAGUGGUCAGCAGGGCAGCAGUGGUGCCUGCCGUGCGUCAUCCCCCUGCCGCCAUCCCACAGGUGCGGUGCAGCAGCCUCCGCCCCUCCAGCAGUGCGCACAGGUGCAUUUGCCGCUCGCCGCAGUCCGUUCGGCAGCCUCAGGUGCAGCAUCGCCUCUAGAUCCAAGGAGCAGCAUCGCCUCUAGAUCCAAGGAGCAGCAUCGCCUCUACAUCCAAGGAGCAGCAUCGCCUCCAGGUCCCCAGCAGCUCCUCGCCAGCAGCAGCAGCCAGGCCUCAGUGGUGAGCAGCAUCGCCUCAGUGGUGAGCAGCAUCGCCUCAGUGGUGAGCAGCAUCGCCUCAGUGGUGAGCAGCAUCGCCUCAGUGGUGAGCAGCAUCGCCUCAGUGGUGAGCAGCAUCGCCUCAGUGGUGAGCAGCAUCGCCUCAGUGGUGAGCAGCAUCGCCUCAGUGGUGAGCAGCAUCGCCUCAGUGGUGAGCAGCAUCGCCUCAGUGGUGAGCAGCAUCGCCUCAGUGGUGAGCAGCAUCGCCUCAGUGGUGAGCAGCAUCGCCUCAGUGGUGAGCAGCAUCGCCUCAGUGGUGAGCAGCAUCGCCUCAGUGGUGAGCAGCAUCGCCUCAGUGGUGAGCAGCAUCGCCUCAGUGGUGAGCAGCAUCGCCUCAGUGGUGAGCAGCAUCGCCUCAGUGGUGAGCAGCAUCGCCGAUGAAGCAGCAGCAGCAUCGCCGAUGAAGCAGCAGUCGUUGCUCCUCAUCAAGAUCAGUAGCCGUUGCUCCUCAUCAUUAGGCUCAGAAGGAGAGCAGCGAAGUGCAGCAGCAAGCCUUGGACCUGCACAAAUCAAGCCGGUCAGCAUCAGUGCCUGA